CGUGGACGACGGCGCCGAGUGCACCAGAGCGACGAAGGGUUCAAACUCGGACUUGCCGGCAGACAACAAGGAUGAACCGCGGCAGUAAGACGUACGUGGGGACGGGCGAGACAACGGAAUGGGAAGACAUCUUGAUCAAAAAGGGUAUCAUUGCGCCCAAGACAAAGGUGACUGAAGAGGAGCAGUACGAGAGCGAAGAUGAGACUGAUCCCCGCGAGAAGGCGACGUUGGAUGAACUCGACGAGAUGGAGGACGAUUACGACGAAGAUCAAGAGCUGCAACGUAUUCGGGACAAACGUAUUGCCGAGAUGAAGGCGCAAAUGGCGCGCAACGUGUUUGGUGACGUUCGGCCUAUCUCGAAAGAUGAAUGGACUCGUGAAGUCACCGAAGCGAGCAAGAACUGCUGGGUCGUCGCGUAUCUAUGGGAAAACAGCGUGGAAGCAUGCAAGUUGAUGGACCAAAUAUUACGCGUGAUUGCCAGUCGUCACCGCGACGUCAAGUUCGUGUCCAUUCAGUCCCAAGUAUGUGUCGAGAACUGGCCCGCUCGCAACUUGCCGACGCUGUUCAUGUACAAAGAUGGCAACUUGGCGACUCAAAUGCUCACGCUGAACAAGCUCAAGGGGCUCAACACCCGCGUGGAAGAUGUCGAAGAGUACUUGGCAGACCAAGGUGUGUUCAAGGCAUAAGCGAUGGGAGCGCCCAAAUGCACACUACCUAAACUAGUUUCUGCGCACUCAAAAUACUUACGUUUUACUGCGACGGCAUGAAAAUGCACACUGAAAUGGAAAGUUUAAAACGACGUUAAACUAUUUAACGUGCAUAUA